CCUAGCAGGCCCCACGCCACCGGUUCUGCCUCCAGGCCACCCGCUGCUGCGGGGCCACCAUGCUCCUGCCCAGGCCUGGAGACUGACCCGACCCCGGAACCACCUCCAGGCUCCGCCCUCACCUGCCGGACCCCCGGGAGGUCAGCCAGGGAAUCAUUAACAAGAGGCGGUGACAUGGCGCAGAAGGAGGGUGGCCGGACUGUGCCGUGCUGCUCCGGACCCAAGGUGGCAGCUCUCACUGCAGGGACCCUGCUACUUCUGACAGCCAUCGGGGCGGCAUCCUGGGCCAUUGUGGCUGUUCUCCUCAGGAGUGACCAGGAGCCGCUCUACCCAGGUGGGGCAGGCCAGCAGGGGCUGGACCAGCAUGGUCUCUCUCUCACAGAAUACAUCCAGCCUGUGUGCCUCCCAGCUGCCGGCCAGGCCCUGGUGGAUGGCAAGAUCUGUACCGUGACGGGCUGGGGCAACACACAGUACUAUGGCCAACAGGCCGGGGUACUCCAGGAGGCUCGAGUCCCCAUAAUCAGCAAUGAUGUCUGCAAUGGCGCUGACUUCUAUGGAAACCAGAUCAAGCCCAAGAUGUUCUGUGCUGGCUACCCCGAGGGUGGCAUUGAUGCCUGCCAGGGUGACAGCGGUGGUCCCUUUGUGUGUGAGGACAGCAUCUCUCGGACGCCACGUUGGCGGCUGUGUGGCAUUGUGAGCUGGGGCACUGGCUGUGCCCUGGCCCAGAAGCCAGGUGUCUACACCAAAGUCAAUGACUUCCGGGAGUGGAUCUUCCAGGCCAUAAAGACUCACUCCGAAGCCAGCGGCAUGGUGACCCAGCUCUGACCGGUGGCUUCUCGCUGCGCAGCCUCUCAGGGCCCAAGGUGAUCUCAGUGGUGGGAUCCGCCUAGGAUGGGAU